GCCAUGUUGAGACUUACAGUUUUCCUUGUUUUAGCGAGUUUUGCUAGCUGCUGCCAGAGGAAGAACGACAUUAUGACAUGCGAGAUGAUGCCAGAGUCCAGUGAGAGGAUGGAGGGCGUCAGGAUUUUGAUAGUGGACAGGGUAUUCGGGGAGACGGUGGACUUAAGGAGUUUUGAGCUUGCCAAGAUUAUGAUAAACGCGGGUUUCGGCAGAGUUGCAUCCGACCCAGGCCGUGUUCACCACGACGACCCUCGCGGAAACGGCAGCGAUAACCUUCGACACUCCCUGGAUAAUCGCCGCAGGAAUAUCGUCCCUCGUGAUCUGCAGUAUUGCAGUGUGCAUUUGUGCAGUGCUCGUCUUCAAGAAAUGCGCACAGAGAAAACGACGACCGAGUGCUCUUUAUACUGUGGAAGUGCUCUUGGACCUGAAGCCCCCGUGCCAACCCGCCAUCAAAGGGAACCGACACCCGUCCUUAGACGAUCUCAGCGCGUCAGGAGAGUGCCAGAGAGACUUGGCUAUUGAACUGUAUUGUGUGUGUGUAAUUUUUGUA